AUGAACGGCUCAAAUAACUACGACUUUCAGCAAAAUGAUAAGAGGUACGUUACGCAGCGGCGAACGGUGGAUAUGAGUUCGCCAUAUGAUAGACUAUAUUACCUUAAGAGACAUGGACUUCCGAUGCCUUAUAUCGAACCAGAGACAAGUUACACUACCAACAUAUUGCCACCGGAUGCCUAUCUUUACAACAAUCGGAUCAUAAAUACGGCUACCAAAUUCACACAUUUGAGCUCGAACAAAGUUAAACAUGUUAUUCCUGCGCUAGAAUGGACACCUGAGGGACGCCGGUUGGUAGUAGCUACUUACAGUGGUGAGUUUUCGCUGUGGAAUGGUUCGACGUUUAAUUUUGAAAGCAUCAUGCAGGCUCAUGACAGUGCGGUUGCUGUUAUGAAGUACUCGCACGCAGGGGAAUGGCUAAUUAGCGGGGAUUCAGAUGGUACCAUCAAGAUUUGGCAGCCUAACUUCAACAUGGUAAAAGUCUUAGACGAAGCUCACACGCAGUGCAUCCGUGGUAUUUCUUUCAGUGGUACAGACUCUAAGUUCGUGACUUGCUCUGACGAUAAUAUUCUCAAAAUCUGGAAUUUCAGCAACGGACAACAGGAAAGUACUCUUUCGGGCCAUCAUUGGGAUGUCCGUAGUUGUGAUUGGCACCCGACAAUGGGUCUCAUUGCAUCUGGGUCCAAGGAUAAUUUGAUAAAACUUUGGGAUCCGAGGUCAGGUCAAUGCAUUAGCACCAUUUUAGGUUGCAAACAUACAAUAAUUAGUACAAAGUUUCAGCCGACUAAAGGUAAUAUGCUCGCGGUAAUAUCUAAGGACAAAAGUUGCAGAGUUUUUGAUAUUCGACAGAACAUGAAAGAGUUGGCGGUGUAUAGGGAUGAGUCCGACUACAUGUCGCUAACAUGGCAUCCUAUUAACGAAUCCAUGUUCACAGUAGGGUGCUACGAUGGCUCUAUGAAACAUUUUGAUCUGCUUCAAGAUCCCCAAGAUUCGUCCUCGGGAUGCUUUCAUAAUAUUCCGUACGCGCAUGACAAAUGCAUCACAUCUUUAUCCUAUAAUCCGGUCGGGCAUAUACUAGCCAGUGCAUCCAAAGAUAGGACUAUACGAUUCUGGACGAGAGCAAGACCCGUUGAUCCUAACGCAUUCGAUGAUCCUACUUACAAUAACAAAAAAGUUAAUGCUUGGUAUUUCGGAAUUAAUAAUAAUAUCAACGCAAUUAGGCCCAAAACCGAAGAUGGGAUAGCGUUACCCCCAACUGGAAACGAAUCGAUUGCAGGUGUAAAUGGUGGCAACGGCGGUGCCCCUGGUCUUAGGGUCCAAUCGCCUGCGUCGUCAGGAUUGCCGGGUCUGAACUUUUAG